CUCGCAGUCAGAGCAUCACUUUUGGUCCUGGACUCCUCAGCUGGUCACACAGCAUAUGCUUCUCUGGGCUGAAUUGUAGGCCAGGACCUGGAUCAAGAGGAUACUGCAGCCAUACCUCAGGAAAAGUCUUCUGUUUACUACUUAGACAGAGUAGAGGAGGCAACUCCCUAGGUUGAAGCUGUGCAUCAACUGCCCCCUAGAAGAGCUCAAGGGCCACAGAUUCCCACUUUGAUAUAGCUCUGAAACAUCACCAACACCACCAACAAUGGGUAACACCAAGAGCGGCGCUGUGUCCAAGGAGAUCCUGGAGGACCUGAAACUCAACACAAAGUUCUCAGAGACUGAGAUUGUCCAGUGGUACGACAACUUCAAGAGGCAGUGUCCAACAGGGCGCAUCUCGAAACAGGAGUUUCAGGCCAUCUACAGCAAGUUCUUCCCAGAAAGCGAUGCCCAAACGUACGCCCAGCACGUCUUCCGCUCCUUCGACACAAACGACGACGGCACGCUGGACUUCAAGGAGUACAUCAUCGCCCUCCACAUGACAUCAACGGGAAAGACCAACAGGAAACUGGAGUGGGCCUUCUCGCUGUUUGAUGUGGACAAGAACGGAUACAUUACCAAGUCAGAGGUCAAGGAAAUCUGCACGGCGAUUUUCAAGCUGAUUCCUAAAGAUGAAGUGGCUGACCUGCCUGAUGAUGAAAACACAGCUGAGAAGAGGGCAGAUAAACUCUGGAAGUACUUUGAGAAGGGUGAAAACGACCGAGUGGCGGAAGGAGAGUUCAUCCAGGGAGUGUUGGACAAUGACGACGCCCUUCGCUUGAUUCAGUAUCAGCCUUCGAAGUAACUCUUCCACAGAUUCGCUGUGUCUCUGUCCAGUCCUGUCUUUUCAGCUUCACCCUUCACUCUGCUAAUGUAAUGACACCUGACCGCACCUUCACAAAGUGUGAACACGCGGCAGGUGUGACCAUAACGCCCUCGAAAUUACGCAAUGACACCGAAAGUUAUCUGUGCUGUCUGAACCCUUCUCUUAAUCGGACAGCACGUAAAACAAAUGUUACAGUAAAAAAGUGGAAAAAUGAGCCUCAUGCAUUACCUGUGAUCGCGGUUACCAUAGCAACCGCAUCCAAAUUUGAAGUCUUGACAGGAAUUCCUGGUUGACUGCUGUCUGUCCCCCAUGUAAUGCUCCCUCACACACACGUGAACGACCUGACACUGUCCCUCAGCUUAAUAAAAAGUGAAUUUCCUGUAAGAUUAGCCCAGUGGUUCUCAAACUGGGGGGGUCAUAGCGC